GCUCUGUGGCAGGCACUAGCACCAGCCACUCCUACAUAAUUGGAUUUCAUCUGGCUCAUCCGUGUUCACCCUGAAGCAAUGGAUCCCGUGCCAGUUUACCAUGGGAACAUCAGCCGAGAAACUGGGGAGAAGCUCCUGCUGGCUAAGGGGAUGGAUGGCAGCUAUUUACUGCGAGACAGCGAGAGCAUCCCAGGAGUAUAUUGCCUCUGCGUGCUGUAUAAAGGAUUUGUUUAUACCUACAGAGUGUCCAAGACAGACACAGGGUCAUGGAGUGCUGAGACUGCACCAGGGGUCCACAAAAGAUUGUUUCGGAAAGUACACAAUCUACUCUCAGCCUUCCAGAAGCCAGACCAAGGCAUUGUAACGCCUCUGCAGCAUCCUGUUGAGAGAUGUAUGCAUCCACAAGGGAGAAAGGAAGACCGGGACUUUUACCUGCCUUCAUGAAGACAUUCCCACCGUUUUAAAGUAAUUUAAACCAGCUUUUAAAAUGUCUUCUUUUGUACAUACCCUAGCACAGAAACUGUAUAUUAUAGAUAAUACAACUCCAUGAGUUUUCCUGUAACAUUUGCAGAAAUGUAUAUUUAGUAGACGUUUUAGCCUGAGGUUUAAAAGAUUGCUUGAAACUAGAUUUAAAAAAAAGACAUGGAAGACAAAUAACCAGCAAGUGGAUGAAUUAAUGUUUUCCUCUUCUCUUUAUACCUGGGAGCUUUCUAUUUGAAUAUUCUUUCUCACACUUACUUGAAUUCAUUUUGGCUUCUUUUCUGUGUUUGAUUUUUGACCAAAAUUCACCGAAGUGCAAAAAAGCCCCAUAAAUCCUGUUCUUCACUCACACAAGCCCUCAAACUAGGGGCUCCUAUGGUGCACAUGAACAAAGCUGUGAACAAAUUUGAAAGGGACAGGCAAGAUAUUCCUCCACAUCAAACGUUACAUUCAUAUCAUAUGUCUUCUCGGUGGAACUGUUUGCAGGCUCACCCAAUCAGGAGAAAGAAACAAGGUUACAUCAUGUAGGUGAACAAUCAUAACUGGCUAGCACAGCUUGAAGGUAGAAAAUUCAAAUUUGUGAUUGAGCCAAACCUUUAAAAAAAUCAAAUGCCUUGCAUUUUUUGAGAAAAGCCAAAUUAAUUUAAGGAAGUUGUGUGGGCAGGAAUAAA